AUGCCUUCUAAUUUCUUACAAAAGAUUUCGCUCACUGAGCUGUGGUUAUUGGCAGCCCUGGUGCAGGCUACACUAAGUGUUAACUCUAACUUUCAAUAUGGAGUCGACAAGGUUCGCGGUGUCAACCUCGGAGGAUGGCUUGUAUUGGAGCCCUGGAUUACUCCCUCUCUCUUUGAUUCAGCUGGCGAUGGUGCCGUUGAUGAGUGGACUCUUUGCGCUACCCUCGGCUCCGAACAGUGCCGCACAGUCUUGGAGCAGCACUGGAGCACUUUCAUCACCGCUCACGAGUUCAACCAGAUAGCCGGAGCUGGAAUGAAUCAUGUUAGAGUCCCUGUGGGCUACUGGGCUCUGCAGCACCGGAAUGGUGACCCAUAUAUCAAUGGCCAGCUGAAGUACCUCGAUAAAGCCAUUGUAUGGGCUCGCUCAGCAGGCCUGAAGGUCAUCGUGGACUUGCAUGGCGCCCCUGGCUCCCAGAAUGGGUUUGACAAUAGCGGAAAGCGUGGCGUCAUUCAAUGGGAGCAGGGUAACACCAUUAAUGGCACGAAGUCUGCUUUUGAAACUAUUAUUCAUCGUUACUCUGCCGACAGUGACGUUGUGACUGCAAUUGAAGCCUUAAAUGAGCCUAAUAUCCCUGUCGGGGUGAACAGGGAUGACUUGAAGCAGUACUACUAUGACUCAUGGGGCUUGGCGCGAAAGGCAAGCCAGGAUGCUAGCGUUGUCCUUCACGAUGGAUUUUUGCCAACCGAGUCGUGGAACGGUUUUAUGAGCGAUGUCGCGGGUGGCAGGAAUGUUAUAAUGGAUACCCACCGAUAUGAGGUGUUUGACAGCGGCCUUCUUGCCAUGGAUAUCGACUCCCACAUCAGGUCUACCUGCAACUUUGUCAACCAGCACGUCAUGACUUCUGAUAAGUUGACCAUCGUCGGUGAAUGGACUGGCGCUAUGACCGACUGCGCCAAGUACCUCAACGGCAAGGGGCUUGGUGCUCGUUACGACGGUACCUUCCAGAACAGCCAGGCGCUCGGUAGCUGCACAGACAAAUCUGAGGGCAGCGUGGAUAGCCUUUCUGAGGGUGAUCGUAGCAAAGCUCGCCGCUUCAUUGAGGGUCAGUUGAAUGCAUAUGAGAAUGGCGCCGGGUGGCUCUACUGGACUUGGAAGACUGAAGGUGCGCCCGAGUGGGACAUGCAGCAACAGCUCGCCGCUGGGGUCUUCCCCAACCCGGUGACAAGCCGUGCUUUCCCUAGCCAGUGCUAA